CAACAGAUAAGAUACAAAUUGUAACACUCAACGAUACAUACUGAAGAGUCAGCUGUGCUGUGACUCCAGGUCAUUAAUCUGGUUUAAUUCUUCAGGACAUUUCUGUAGAAGGGAAGGCACGGUUCUGAGUAAGACCAGGACUGAUUCCAUUUCUUGGCCAGACUGAUCCCAGCCUGUGAAAAAUAACCAAACCCACUAAAGGAGUAAAAGAGGAAAACCAGUUACUAGUCUUGGUUACGAUAUAACAACUUUCACUUCUCAUUGUGGUUACCUUUCUAUUUCAAUCUGCUCAUUAACUCGCUCCUCAGUCUUUUCUUUGCUGAUAUAUAAAAAAAUCUGAUUUAAAAACAAACUGGUGGCAGAAAUAAAACAGUUCUAGGCUUAACUCUAAAUCUUUUUGUAGUUGGUAAAACACAUACACAGUACAGUCACUUAGCAACUAGCUUUAGUCCGAGUCUAUAACGUUAUUUAGCCAAUGCAGCCUUUUGCCUUUUUAUAGAGAAAAUCAAGGGUCAGAUUGUUGUUUUUUUUUUUUUGUUUGUUUGUUUUGUUUUGUUUUUAUUCCAUCCAUGUAAGCGUGAAGGACAGUGAAGAUGUGGGAAGAGCUAGUAAGUGGACCCUGACUUUGGAUUGUGUUUUCCUACAGUCUGUUUUUGUUUGUUUGUUUGUUUUUUCCAAACUAGUAUAGUAAUAAAGAUAGUGGUGGAAAUAUAUUUAUAAGGUCAGGAAUUAAUUGUCAUGCAUAAUUUACAGCCAAUGGUCGAGGAGUCCGACAAGUGCUACAGAUGAAAUCAUUACAGUUACUCAGCUGACAUGCCAAAAGAUCUGAGCAAACAAAGUCUGUUAGUAAAAUCACAAUUUAAAGCACCGGAGUAAAUAACAUUUUUAUUUAUUGCCAAUCUACCGCUCCACACUCCGGGCCAACAGGUGGCGCUAGAGCAAAAAUACCUGGCAACCGAUCCAGUGAAGACAGAAGAAGUUGAAGUUGAAGUUUGUUUUUAGCCUGGUUAGCUAUUCCUGUAGACUGACCCCAAAUCAGCUGUCAGACAUGGGUCGCAAAUGCGCCUACCCCGAGUGCAAAAGCACGGAGGGUCUGCAUUCUUUACCGUCCAACAGAGAGAUGGCGCACCGCUGGCUGCACGCUCUGGGACGGCUUGACAUACCCACCGCCUCUGUUUACGUGUGCAAUCUCCACUUUACGCGAGAGUGCUUCUCUAACUACGCGGAGGUGGAGAUGGGAUUCAAAAAGCAGUUUCUCCUCACUCCUGACGCCGUCCCAACACCUGCCAAGGUGGUGACACAGGGCACCGGUGGCAGCGUCUGUCGAGUUUUGCCUGCUGUAAGACAUGUAGCCUCCCAGACUGACCCCCCAGAGAAGAGAUCGGUCGGCACGCAGCUAUCCAUGAAAACUCUGCAAAAUCACAUCCGAAGCACAGCUACCCAGGCAAAAGUGCCCAGCAAAGACUGUGGUGUUUGCACCCUCACCUUUCCCCUGGACAGUCCCAUAUUGUUCCUACAACCAACGAUAGUAAAGAGACCAUCAAAGAGGCCUCGGCUCAGCCUUACAGACGAGGAGGAAGGCCCUUCACAAUGCAGCUAGUCCACGGUGGUUCAUGAACCAGAGGAUUUAACUCAACUCUUGAGGACUUCAUCACUGUCGUGGGUUAGCAGUAUGUCUUUUUUCACCUUUUCGGUAAUGUCGCCAUGGAGAGGAGUUGGUAAAUGACUUGUAAAACUUGGAUUAUGGUGUAAAACAGACGCCAUGGAACAGUGUACAAAAGUAACUGGGCACCUAAGUGUUUUAUGUUGUGAAAUGAACUGAACAGUAACCUCUGUCCAACUGAACUGGUUUCCAUAAUGGGUUUGAUGAUGGUUUCCCUUUACUCUGUCUGAUACACACAGCAGUACACAUGUUUUAAUAUUCCUGAAGCACCAGAACAGAGAAAAUAGUGUCAAUUGGUGCCUUGCUCAAGUGUCCUCAAGUGUCCUUGAGCAAGGCACCAAAACCCUCAGCUGCUUUAUUGAAACUGUUUGAAAACAGAGUGUAACUAAGACAGACUUUAUUUAUCCCACUUGUGGGAAAUUUACAGUGUCUUCUCUGUUUUUCUCUGUGAUUUGUCUGGUCUGCCUGGCUGAAGGUUCUUUUUUUUUUAGUUCCUCCUUCUACAAGGUACACCACCAUGUGUUUCUGAGUACAACACAGUUUCACUUCUGCUAAAACUAGACAGAGGUGGAGAGGAUGUUUGGACUAUUUAACCUCUACCAAAACCACAAGGAUAGAGGUAAUAUAAAAAAUAAAACCAAGCCAAACUGCUAUGGUUUGGUAUAGUUUUCAAAUACUACUAAACAAGGGAUGGUAAUUUAAAAUCAACUGUAACAGGUGAAAACACCAGUGAAAUCUUUGAUAUUAGUUUCAGCUCUACAAGUGUCUCUUCCACAGAAUCAUGUUGAUUCAUUUACAGUGUUCCAUAGUAAAACUAUUAUAAAUUUGAACUAAAAGUGAAGAGAAACUUCUGCACAGAUGUUAAAAGUAUCUUUUGUGUGGAGCUGCAGCUACAGUUUUGACUGAUAAACUGUCAGCAGCCUUGGCAAACUAUCAUUAUUCAACUUGAUAUGUAUAGAGGGGAUUUUCAUUGUCUUGUUUUAUAGGAAAAAUAUAAAAACACAUAUAAGUUCAAUAGAUGUGCUGUAAAACACAUAAUGAAACAAAGCUCCAUUAAGUUAGACUGCUUAUGUGCAGUUAUUUAUACUUUAUUUCUACUUUAUUCUCUAUUUAUUAUUUUUUAGUUAUAUAGACCUAUGGUAUAUUGUGUACCCGAGGUCCAAGUAGGGAGUCAACUUUUAUGUAGAGUAAUUUGCUUAACUCGCAACUGAUAAAAACUUAAAAUGUCCAUCCAUUUUCUAAACAUCUUACAGCAGUUUUAGUUUAGACUCAAAUAAGUGGUCAUAUGCAAAUAUUGUAGCUGGCAAGAACACUGGGAUGAUAAUAAACAGGAAAGCAUCUGUAAAAAAUAAAAAAAUGUGUUGUUACUGGAAGGAACAAGAAGGGAGACUCCAUCAUUAUCCGCUUGAGACAAGGACAUACAGGGCUCAAUAAAUCACUUUAUAAAGCAGGUGAACGCCCAACUGGAAAUGUACACUAUAAUCAGCCAGAAUCCACUGAGCAUGUGCUCAGAUGCUAAAGGCAUCAUUUAAGGAACCAAAGCAUGACACAUCACAAAAUCUUGGGACGGCAUUAUGGAAAAUAGUCUUUUAAUAAUUUACGUAAAAGAAACAGGUUUAAAUGUUACUUGACAAGCUUCCUGUUUCAUUAUGAGGAGUGAAUUUCUAUGUUAUUGGUUCCAUAUAACAUACAUCAAAACUAUUUUUAAUAAACAUAAAUUGUCCCAUGAGCCUCUUCUAACCAGGCAACUUUGCCAUCCCCAUCAAAAUGUUCACUUCCUCAGUCAAGGCCAUCCCACUUGGACCAAUCCUGCUUAUCAAGACCUUACUCUGUAAAGUGCCUUAACAUAAUGGAUAUUACUAGACCGGGACUGACAACAAUAGUAAAGAGACCAUAAAAGAGACUUCGGCCCAGCCUUGCAGACGAGGAGGAAGGCCUUUCACAAAGCAGUUUGUCUAUGGUGGUUCAUGAACCAGAGGAUUCAACAUGACACGUCACUGUUUUGACAGUAAAACUGUUGUCUUUUUUACGCUGUUCAGACAUUUUGUCAUGGAGAGGAGUUGGUGAAUGACUAGAGAUUAGCGAAUGGAACAAUUAAGAAUGCUGAAAGCAAAUUAUCAGCAUGUGUAACAGGCUGAAGAGUGAUCUCUGUCUAACUGAAAUGCUGCUAACUGCUACUCCUUUUAGUUUUAUCUAAUAGUUUUCCAUCACACAUUACUAAAAAGGUGUUCUUAAAGUGAUAAACAGUAGGGGCUCUUAAAGACUGGGAAGCAGGGCCUUGAAAACAAUCCUCUGAGGACCAAGACAAACAAAAUACCUCAGAAGCCCUAUCAUAUGAGCAAGGCACCAAGGCUCCACUGGAGCUGUUAAAUGUUUGAUGAUGGAAGACUGUCACUAUAUCCAUGUGGCACACUCUUCUCCAAUUAAGUCUCUUUGUCACUGCUUUAAAGUAGGAAUGUCAGUGGUUCCUGGUUAUGUGCGGAAAUGUUUCUUUAACAUGUUUUUGUGUCUUUUUUUCGGUUCCUCCUUUAAAGGUUAUACAACAAUGUAUAUCUGUGUAAAAUGCAUUUUCACUUAAAUCUCUAAUGUUGAAGGUUAAGGGUUUGAAUCUGCCUCCACUAUCAGAAAUGCAACCCCCCCCCAAAAAAAAAAAAAUCAUAUUAACUAUAUUACUAUGGUUUUAUCAAUUGUAACAAACUGUAAAAGUAAGGUGUCAGCAGCCUUUCUAAAGCCUCAUCUGUGUUAUGUGGGUUGCAGUAUCCAAAUACAAUGAUUCAGGGUUGUCUUUUCUAAUACUACACAGUUUAAUUCUAUUGAAUUCUAUUGAUUCUAUGCUGUUAUUAUUUUAUUCUUUAUUAUUGUUUUUGUGUCUAUAGGCCUGCUGUACACUGUGUACCCUUCAUUAAAAAACUCUAAACUCAA